UUGACGCUGGGCUCCCCGCCUUGGCUCACGGAGAGGGCCUCGCAAAGAGAGCGCCUCACAGGGAGUCCGCGCCUCAGCGCCGCGGGAAGGCGCCUCCGCCGCUGGCCAAGGUGCUGGACACGACCGGCCGGUGGGCCACCUCGCCAGCUCAGCCACCCACUGCAGCUGCCGCUGCCUCGCAAACAGCCGGGUCCCCAUGGAAGAGAUGGAAGAAGAGUUAAAAUGCCCGGUGUGCGGGUCCUUCUAUCGGGAGCCCAUCAUCCUGCCCUGCUCUCACAAUAUAUGUCAGGCGUGCGCCCGCAACAUCCUGGUGCAGACCCCUGAUUCUGAGUCCCCUCAGAGUCGUCGGGCCUCUGGCUCUGGGGUCUCCGACUAUGACUAUCUCGACCUGGACAAGAUGAGCCUGUACAGCGAGGCGGACAGCGGGUAUGGCUCCUACGGGGGUUUCGCCAGCGCCCCCACCACCCCGUGCCAGAAGUCCCCCAACGGCGUGCGCGUGUUUCCCCCAGCUAUGCCGCCACCGACCACGCACCUGUCACCGGCCUUGGCCCCAGUGCCCCGCAACUCCUGUAUCACCUGCCCCCAGUGCCACCGCAGUCUCAUCCUGGACGACCGGGGACUCCGCGGCUUCCCCAAGAACCGCGUACUGGAAGGGGUAAUUGACCGCUACCAGCAGAGCAAAGCUGCGGCCCUCAAGUGCCAGCUCUGCGAGAAGGCGCCCAAGGAGGCCACCGUCAUGUGCGAACAGUGCGAUGUCUUCUACUGCGAUCCGUGCCGCCUGCGCUGCCACCCGCCCCGGGGGCCCCUCGCCAAACACCGCCUGGUGCCCCCAGCGCAGGGCCGCGUGAGCCGGCGACUGAGCCCACGCAAGGUCUCCACCUGCACAGACCACGAGCUGGAGAACCACAGCAUGUACUGCGUGCAGUGCAAGAUGCCCGUGUGCUACCAGUGCUUGGAGGAGGGCAAACACUCUAGCCAUGAAGUCAAGGCUCUGGGGGCCAUGUGGAAACUGCACAAGAGCCAGCUCUCGCAGGCACUGAACGGGCUGUCGGACAGGGCCAAAGAGGCCAAGGAGUUUCUGGUGCAGCUGCGCAACAUGGUCCAGCAGAUCCAGGAGAACAGUGUGGAGUUUGAGGCCUGCCUGGUGGCCCAGUGUGAUGCCCUCAUUGACGCCCUCAACAGAAGAAAAGCCCAGCUGCUUGCACGUGUCAACAAGGAGCAUGAGCACAAGCUGAAGGUGGUUCGAGAUCAGAUCUCUCACUGCACAGUGAAAUUGCGGCAGACCACAGGUCUCAUGGAGUACUGCCUGGAGGUGAUUAAGGAAAAUGAUCCUAGUGGCUUUUUGCAGAUCUCUGACGCCCUCAUAAGGAGAGUGCACCUGACUGAGGAUCAGUGGGGAAAAGGCACACUCACUCCCAGGAUGACCACAGACUUCGACUUGAGUCUGGACAACAGCCCUCUGCUGCAAUCCAUUCACCAGCUCGACUUCGUGCAGAUGAAAGCUUCCUCUCCAGUCCCAGCAACCCCCAUCCUACAGCUGGAGGAGUGUUGCACCCACAACAACAGUGCUACGCUGUCCUGGAAGCAACCGCCUCUGUCCGUGGUGCCCGCCGAAGGAUACAUUCUGGAGCUGGACGACGGCAGUGGUGGUCAGUUCCGGGAAGUAUAUGUUGGAAAGGAGACAAUGUGCACUGUGGAUGGCCUUCACUUCAACAGCAUGUACAACGCUCGCAUCAAGGCCUUCAACAAAACAGGAGUCAGCCAGUACAGCAAGACGCUGGUCCUCCAAACGUCUGAGGACACAGAUUCAGAAGAACAGACAGUCCCUUUUCCAGUGCCUUCGGAAAGAUUGCCGCUCCGUAGAAUGAGUCCUUUCUCCUCCACCCUUAAUCUACAACCCAGCUUCCCCGGGAGAUCCUACUUUGAUUUUCGAUCCUCACCCCACCAGCUGAGCUUGCAUUCCUCUUUACAGUCUCUCCAUGCACCGGGAUGCAAUUUUGAGACACAGUCUGCACCUUACUCUCAAUUAGUUGACAUUAAAAAGCUGUUGGCAGUGGCCUGGUUUGCUUUCGACCCUGGCUCAGCGCACUCUGACAUCAUCUUCUCCAAUGACAACCUGACUGUGACCUGCAGCAGCUAUGAUGACCGGGUGGUGCUGGGGAAAACCGGCUUUUCCAAGGGCGUCCACUACUGGGAGCUGACUGUGGACCGCUAUGACAACCACCCCGACCCUGCCUUCGGCGUGGCUCACAUGGAUGUGAUGAAGGACGUGAUGUUAGGGAAGGACAACAAAGCGUGGGCAAUGUAUGUGGACAAUAACCGGAGCUGGUUCAUGCACAACAACUCGCACACCAACAGAACUGAGGGAGGGAUCACAAAGGGGGCUACGAUCGGGGUCCUCCUCGACCUAAAUAGAAAGACCUUGACAUUUUUUAUCAACGAUGAGCAGCAGGGUCCCAUUGCGUUUGAGAACAUGGAGGGCCUGUUUUUCCCGGCAGUCAGCCUCAACAGGAAUGUGCAGGUCACACUUCACACCGGGCUCCCAGUCCCUGACUUCUACUCCAGCAGGGCAUCAAUAGCCUAAUAAAGGAUGUGCUGUGGAGGCACCAGCUGCCUGUUCUUCCCUCUGCCUGAGAGAGCGACAGCAAGGAGCCCAACCAGCACGCGGCGGGAUGCCAGAGGGCUGGAAGGACAGGGAGAAGAAGGAGACAAAGGCUGGUCCUCCACUCUUCACACCCACGGCCCCACCCCGUCCCUUCCACCUCUACUGCUAUAAUGUCUGCAUUUGCUUCCAUUUCAGCAACUGUAACCAACCAAGGACCUACAUAGCCCACCAUGUCCCUUUGUUUCCACACCCAGAUUUUGAUUUUAUUUAACUUAAUUUUUUAUGUAGAUGAGUUACAUUUUUUUUCUUUUCUGAUCAUGGUAUUGGUGACUUACUGACCUGGCACUGUCAAAACAAAAUUCUCCUGAUAAUUUUUUUCUUGAGCUUUCUGUCAAAGAGGUUGUAGGGAGAUGUAGGGAAGAAUUAGUGGAAUUUGGAGAUGAAAGUUUACCUCCUAGAAUUUACUCUUGCCCUAUUACCCCUUGGGCAGCAUUAGCUCUGCAUAGCCAAACUUUGGGAGAUGGGCAGAGUAAAUACAGCACUGAGAAGUUUUACUAUCCAUCAGCUACAUGGCUGUGCAAAAGUUCAUAACAGGGUAGGAUCAUUAGGUUACCUGGGUCAUUAGGACAGGCACGGAAUCCAAUCACAGAAUGAAACUGGAAAGUCUGUAGACAUAGGAAGACCAGGGGACUUAGUGAUUUGGCUCAUUUACUUAAUACAAGUUUUUAACUGAGAACCUACUAUGGAUCAGGCACUGUUCUCAACACUGGAGACACAGUAGUGAAUGUACAGGUGUGGUCUCUACCCUCCUGGAGCUUAUAUUCCUGCAGGAGAACAAGCCAAAAAUAAAACAAUUACAAGUUGUUAUAAGUACUAGAGAGGAAAUAAACAUGGGACAAAGAGGUUCAGUGGAAAGACCUUUCAGAUCCUCUAAAAUGAUGCUAAAAACCCACACAUUCUAGCUCGUAGCACCAGAGGCAUACUGACUCAACGCCUUCUAAGCAUGUCAUUCUAAUCAUGGUACCUGCUGCCAUUCAUCACAGAGCUCUUCUUUGGUAGAAAUGAUGUCCACAUGCUUAUUUAUUAAUGCUGCAAUAAUGCUAAGCCUUAAAAAUUAAUGUGGAAAUAAUAGUGACCAGAGGAAGGAGAGCCCAGUCUCGGUGAUGGGAAACUUAACCAGUCCAUGGCAUUCACGUUCUCAGGAUAAACAGGCCUCUUUCCAUGUUCGCUCUCUGUGCCUGUUACAAAUGAAAAAUCCAUCCACUCUGCUGCCAUUCAAACCUAACUGUUUAGAGUAGUUCCAAUAAUGUCUGGGAGGAAAUGCAGUCAUAUGUAACUGCUAUGACUGAUGCUUAUUACUUCAAUAGAAAAAUAGACCGAUACAAGUUUCUCUUCAGAUUCUUAGCCUGAUGUGACGUUUUGGAAAGUGUAGGAUCUGAAAAGGAGUUCUGACUCGUCGUCUAAUUAUUCGCCAGGGAACCAAGAAAAUCACCAUGAAAAAAACAAGAAUAACCAAUAAAAGGGAAAAGGUAGGAUGGGAAAACUAACAAAUUACAGUUUUGGCAAAAAGAAAUAUAUGUAAAUAGCUAAUUAUUUACUUUCGUGCUUACUUUAUUUAGAUUUAUUUCUAUCAGUUACAGUGCUUUUCUAGUUAACUAUACCUAAUUUAAUGAAUGGGUGCUAUUCUGUUAAUGUCCCUCCUGGUUUUUCCUGGCUAUAGAAAAACUGUUGCAGGGCAACACUAGUUUGAUAUUUGAUUUACUCUCCAAUGAGACUCGAUGGCUGGGCCGCUGUAGACUCAUAGUUACUUUUGUUCUUUAUUAAAUUCAUCCUGCUAAUUAGAUUUCUAGUGAUGUGUAACAUGUAGUUUACAGGAAUUGAAAUUCUAGAUGCGUAUGGCUACUGUACUAGAAAAAAUUGAUAUUUCUGAUCUGCCAAUAAAUGAUUUUUAUG